GGGGAGUACUGGGAAAUGGUUUCACUUUACUGCAAAGAAGAGUAUAAAUGUCAAACGAAAAAUAUUUUGAAAGAGGCCACUAAAUGUACGAUGCCAAUAAAUCAGGGUUGUGGAGAUACAACUCGGUGGAGUGAAAAGGAGAAGGAAACAUUGCUGCAGUUGUUUGAAAGCAUAUUUAUGGAAAAGCACAUAUCACUAUGUGGUGUUCAUACUAAGAUGAAGAUAGAAACAAUUCUAAGCUGGCAGUCACUCCCAGUUUUGUUAGAAGUAUUAUACGGUGGAGAGAAAAUUAGACAAUCUACCACAGAGCAUUGUUGCUAUGGUCAGUUAAAUGGAAUACGUCUGAAACUGUUGAGUAAAAUUGAAUCAGUACAUAAUGGAAAUAUUACUAUCGACGCGCUUGAGCUUCUAAUGAAAAAUGGAGGGUUGUUUUUAGCUUUAGUGGAGAAAAUAAAUGCUGCAAAAACUCAGGAAACUAGGAAAGCACUCAAUUUCCGAAUUUCAGAAUUUAAUCAGCUUAAAAGACACAUGGAAUCACUCUCCGAACUUAAGAGACUUUGUGCGUGUUUAAAACGCGUGGAUACCAGUCCAAUAGACGAAAUAUUUGAAAAAAGGAAGAAUAAUUGUGCAAUGUCAGAUAUAGUCAGCAUUAUAAACGUGACCAAAAACUCAUAUUAUGAAACAAACAUGCCUGUGAAUCUAAUUGCAUCAGAAGCCCUUAGAGAGCUUGUUAAAUUUGUUGAAUAUUUCAAUGGUAGUCAGCGGUUUAGGCUUUGGUGGAGUGAUGAAUGCAAAAAGCAGGUAGAACAAAACAGUGAACACUGUUUUAAAAUGGCAGAUGUGAAAACAAGGAUCAUGGACCCAGUUAAAGAAAGAUUGGAUAAACUUGCAUAUAACAUAAGAACUGGCAACAUUACAAUCAACGAAAUGGAACAUUUGUUUGGGAUACAGUUUGGUAGGAAUUACAAUGCUCUGGAACGGGAGAUGUAUAUAAUAUGCCCCGAGGAGAAAGAAAUUAAGGAGAGAAUAGAACAGCUGCAGCAGUUUCGAAGUCAUGAAGAUAUAACAAAAGUUAUACAAGUGCUAUUAGCCCUCAAAAAUGGGUAUCAACUAACAGGAAAUUUUGAUAUCCUUCAACGACUCCAAAAUCACGAGUUCGAUAACAUAGCUAUGAACGAGUACGACAAUCCAUGGUCAGAGAUUGGAAAAUUGUUUGCCCGCGUAACUUCAGAACACGUAUCUUGUAUUCAGGUUUUUGUGAACUGUGUAGAACUUGUGAAAUGGUUAAGGGUGUCAAUGAAGAAAUCCACAUUGAAAGAAUUCAUUGUGUUUGUUGAUCUUGCCAUGAUAUCAGCUGGUGACAAAGUUGAAGAUAUAGCAAAAGUCCAAAGCUUGCACGCAGGAGUGAUUGGUUACUCUUCGCUGAUUUUUGACUUAAAAGAUACCGAUGACUAUGAUGAAGUAGUAAGGAAGUGCAAGGUUGUUUGGGAGUGUCUUAAAGAAAACCCAAAGAUCCCCGAUAAGCUGAAGCAUGCAAACAACACUCUUCGUUGGUUUAAAACUAUACAGAAACGACAUGGAGAUGUGGAAAUGCAGGCAAAAACGAUUAUUGAAUCUGGGGUAUUUACUAUCGGUAAACAUACGACAGGUGCUGAUAACAAGAACAUUAUAACGGAUUUGACAGAUGUCAUUAAAUUGACUAUUCCUGCCAACAAUACAUACGAAAGUACAGGGUAUAAUUUUCAGCAACUAGAGGAUCUUCAAAGUAAGCUGAUGCUUGUUGCCGGAGAAGCUAGAGAAGGACAUGAAAGUGUCGAUAGGUUUACAGCGAUAAUAGAAGGCGUAAUAAGACUCAGUGAAGUUUACAUUAGACUAGUCUCAUCGGGUUGUGUUUUGUUUGAAAACUUUGCAAUAGAGACAUUUUGCGAACCUAAUCUUGAAACUCCUGUAUGGGCAAUCUUGCAGUUCAAGAAUAAGACAGAUGUUACUCAGCUCAAGUGUCGGAAGACAGCGGACGAGAAAUUAGAAGACAUCAUGCCGAAACUUUCAGAAGGAAUGGAAAUAUGUCUUAAAGAGUGGAUUGAAUUUGUUGAUGAAAAAAGAAAGAAACAUGAACAUUUGAAUUACUUCACAAUGAAUCAACUGGUUUUUUUACAAAAGGAAAUUGCUAAUCUGAUUGUGAAUGCAACUAUAUCAGAUAACGUGUUUCCCCUCUUGGCAUAUGUUAAGGCUGGCUGCAAUAAAGAUGAUAUUGAUGAAGCUUAUCAAUGUGUUACGAAGGAAAUGGAAACAAACGAUUUGAAAAACAAUGAAAAACAAAAUAGUAACACUAAAGAAUCAGACGAAACAAAAAACAAAGAUAAAUCAGUUUUCAUUUCACGAUUGAGGGAAAUCGGAUUUACAGGAAAAAUUAUUCAAAGAGCAUUGAAACGUUUUCCGGAAUACAAUAUACAUGAUGCAAUAUUAUGGUGCAUGAAACUAAGUUUGAAAGAAAAUGAAGACAUAGCUGAAGAAUCGGACGAAGUUUGGACAGUAGCACAGUAUAUUGAAAGUGCAAUUGUCGACGACAGCGAUUUUGACGACUUUGACAAGAUGCUGCAGAAAUUUAAAGGUGUGUGGAACAAAUUUAUCGAAUCUGUUGAAUCAAACCUUAAAGAUUAUAUCAGUCUACAUAAACUGGGUACGCUGCUGCGACUUUUGGGUUUAAAAGGAGAAACAAAUUUUCAAAGACAAAUGCCAGCUGUUUACAAGGAAAAUCAGCCAAAUCUUGUUAUUUGCCCAACAGGUCAAGUUCUAAGAACUACAAUGUCUGUCUAUAUAGAAUCAGAAGAAAUUAACUUUCCAAAUGCAGACGAAGUUUUAAUGUGUACUUCACAAACCUCUUUGGAAGAAGUUGACAUUUUCUUACGCAGAGCAGUCUUUUUUUCUCGAGGAAAGAUUCAUUGCCUUGUUGAAGCAGAUAAACUAGAGUUUGUUGUUUGUGAAGGAUUGCAAGCAAAUCUUCUGGAAUACAUUCGGAAUGUAGAAAACAAAACUUAUAGACUUGUUAUUAUAUGUGGCUCUGAAAACGAGCACACCUCUUCAUUGAUAUCUUCUCUGGAAAAGUACCGAACGGAAAGAAUGAACUUUGAUACAUCAGAUGUUUCUAAAGUCAUCUCAAGGAAUCUGAAAGAUAAAAGUGGAACAGACCUUGCAGCAGCAGCAGUACCUGUAGACUACGAAAAGUCAAACGUCCGUUUUGUUAGAUCUUGGAGGAGCGGAGACGGAAAAACGUUGUAUAAAAAGCGUCGAGAACGAGAAUUACAAGAAAAGAUGAACUCUAAAGAAGUACUAAGUUUAAGCAUCCCAUUGCAUGAACGGCAAGUUUGUGGCGAUAACGUUGUUGGACGUCUUUUAGAUCAAACACAAAAGCCAGGAUAUAACAAACCACGUCUGUUCCAUAACGAUGUAACAAAUGAUUUACUAGCAGCAUGUACAUUAAUAACUCUAUUUAUUUAAAAUGACCAGUCAGUGAUAUCGUUUGUGUUGUACUUUAAUAUAUAAUAACUAUUAAAUCGAAAAGGCAACUUUUAUAGAUUCAAACUUUUCAAAAUGUAACAGUAGGUAUAUUAAUACCACAAUAAAAAUAUAGUACUGUAAUAUUUUCUGUUUGCUUAGUCGAUACUAAUUGUCUAGGUUCAAUCAGUGUCAUGCACAAUUUUUAUCUCUCAAAUGUCUGAAAAUUAUAUAUUUGAAAUACAGUUUUGCAGUAUGUUUACAAUUAUCACCAAUUGUUUCGAAAACUGUAGUAACUGUAGUGAGUAUUUAAACAACAAUACAGAUGAUCUGAUCUUUCUGGUGCAUUAUGUUUAUUUUAACAUACCACAGUGUCCAAGGUAACACAUAAUUAACAUUUACUCGCUAAUCAACACAUGUGUGUGCUCCUAAUAAGGUCAUUUUUCAUUUCACAUUCUAAAGUCCUCAUUAGGUAAGUGUUAAACAAAUUCUUAAUUGUGAUGGCAUUAACACUCUAUUGAUAUUCUGCUGUGUUUCUUUUGCCCAUAACCGUAUUUGGAUUUUACUACAUUUAUAGUUAAGAAUAAAUCUGCUGGAGCUAUGUAAGAAAUAGCAUCAUACAUUUUUGUUCGACAAAUUCCGUACAAC